AUGUUCAUCGGGGUUCCUAAGAUAUUCGAUGUCAUUAUGAAGGGAGCUUUGGCAAAGAUUGCUGCAGAAGGACAUACGAAGAGGAGCCUCAUUAACGCCGCAUUCGAGUCAAAGGCUAAGGCCAUUGAAAAUGGCAGAUUUACUCCCAUAUUCGACCGUCUAGUUUUCUCCAAGUUCCAAGCUCUUUUAGGUGGACGAGUAAAGUGA